UUAAAAAUUCUGGGUCGCAUAUUACAUCACAGCGUUAUGGGAUAAAUCAGAAGAGCCAGGUAAUUCUCAGCUUGACUUCUUGCAAAAAGAAAAAAUGCAUCUGCAGAGCAGUGUGGAGUCAGAGCUGAAAGCUGCUGAUCGAAUCUCAGUCCUGUGCGGACUCCUGCGGGCGACUGCGACUGCGCAUCAGGCAACAGCUGCACCGGCUUCCAGGCUCCUGUCGCACUAGCCGAAAUCAGUCUGCUACUAUCCUGUUUGAAACUGAAUUUGUAUUCGUUUUAUUUCCAGGAACAUAAUUAUGUGUCAUGCUCUGUGAUGAAAUAGAAAAGUCUUUAUGCCUUUGAUUUCAUAUUUAACAAACUCUUUUAUUGCCACAGUGAAGUACCUGCAACUGAAGAGACAGCUAAACGUGUAACCUUAUAGAGGAUAAUAUAUAUAUAUAUAUAUUUCUUUUUCUUCUGGUGUGAUUGAAACCGUCCUAAGGAUUUCGUCUUCCUAAUCAGUGCCUUACCUGCAGGGCAACGUGGAUGCAUGCUUGAGAUUUUUCUAAAACUGAUAUAUACACAUAAAACUUUUUUUUUAAAAAGUACUUCAGUGUAUUAUUCUUAUUCUAGUUGCAUUAGAUAAUGGAUCAUCCCCAGUGCUUUGUGUCCUUGUGCGUUUUUGCUUUGUUGAUUGGUUUAUGGAUGGAUGGAGGCGUUUGUCAGCAUUACUAUCACCUACGCCCUGUCCCCAGUGAAAACUUACCACUUGUGGAUCUUAUAGAGCAUCCGGACCCCACGUUCGACCCCAAGGAACGGGACCUUAACGAGACAGAACUCCGAAGUAUCUUGGGCAGCAGCUAUGACUCUCAACACAUGUCCAUUUCACCUCCAGAGGAUAAAAACGCGGGGAGCGAAGAACUGUCCGAGUUGGACCUUACUUUACGGCAGAGGCCCCCCAAAGCCAUGCCAAAGGACAUCAAAUCCAUGGAUUUCUUUGACAUGAGCAAUAACAAAAAACACAAACCGAGUAAAAAGCUGCGACGCCGCUUGCAGCUUUGGCUGUGGUCGUACACUUUCUGCCCGGUAGUGUACACGUGGAGUGACCUAGGCGCCCGCUUUUGGCCUCGGUUUGUCAAAGUGGGCAGCUGUUUGAGCAAGCGCUCGUGCUCAGUCCCCGAAGGGAUGGUGUGCAAGCCGGCCAAAUCAGCGCAUUUCACCAUCCUGAGGUGGAGGUGCCAGCAGCGCAAAGGAGGACAGAAGUGCACGUGGAUACCCAUUCAGUACCCCGUCAUAUCGGAAUGCAAAUGCUCGUGUUCGAGCUGAAGCGGACUGCUCCCGCAUGCGGCGCCCGGCGCUACGCACUGCCAAGUGUACGAAUGUAAAUGUUCAGUAUAUGUGGGGCCAUUUCAUAUACAUGUAAAAAGGUCAGUAUUAUACAUGCGGUAACCAGCGUCUACUGUAUUUGAGGAGCAUUCAAUAUUCUGGUUGUAACGUAUCUUUAUAUUUAUAUGAAGAGCACUUCGUACUGCGAAGCAUUAAACUUAAGUAAAAGAAAAAGAAAAAAAAACUUUUAUUUUUGAAGGACUUCACAGCUAUUUUCCAUUGUUUGGAAAUUGUGGUUUCACGAACCUCAGGCGGAGAUUUAGAAUUUGACAGCUUUUUACAGCUGUGCACACAGAGGUAAAUUUGAAAAGUGAAUCAUGUAAAUUAAGAGUAACUACUAUUUAUUCUUUAUAUUCAUGUAGUAAAAAAAAAAAAGAGUAAAGACUUAAACCACUAAGUUAAAGUGCGAGAUGU